AUGACUUUAUGUGAAGUAGCUGAAACACCGCUGGUUGAUUACGUGCCUUCCGUUUUGAGAAAUCAUAUUGGCGAAAUUUUACAGUCCAGUCUUCGCAAUAACAGUAAUAACUUUCCAGAUACAAACUCUCUGCAAAAUGAAUCCGUGACUCCGUCCACCUUUUGUACUAUCACUCCGCUGGGCACGGGCUGUGCGAGCACAACAGAAGGCUCAGCAUAUCAAUCUAAUGAUGAGGCGAUGAUGAAAACACGCCUUGUUCAAGGAGGGUCACAAGAUGGAACUGGGUCAGUUCGGCGAAUCGUAGUCACUGAGGAUACGGAUAACCGAUCAACUAUCGUUGCCUAUUUUGACAUGCCGGCUCAAAGAAGCAACAUUCAUAGCAGAAUUAGUGGACAGAUGGGCGAAUUGGCUGGAGAAGAAAAUAGCAUGAUGGGUCUUUCAGAAGGCCAGAAGACAACAAUAACCUCUUUAUCCGGCUAUAAUGCUUGCAAUGAAUAUUGUUCUCCAGACGAUAUCCUCCUCGAGGAUGCCAGAUCGAAUGCGCGCAAUUCUGAAGAUUUUUCACCGAUGUCCUUGGUUCUCUUGCCCUCGAGCGAAAUAAAACCUUGUCUUUCCAUUAAUCACCCGGACUUUGAACAAGAUAAAAGUGAAUGGAUUCGGAUUACUUUCAGGUUUGGUAAGGGUCAGGAUUUAGAAAUGAAAAUGAGACGAUCAGCCAGACUAAGGUAA